ACGCUUCAACAGUGAGUGAGAACGCGUCGGUGGGGGAAUAUUGCGCGCGCGUCUCUCUUCCAGACAACAGCGUGGGGAGAUUCAAAGAUUUAAAGUGGAAAUCGGAAAAGUUUUUCGAACGGAAGGGGUAAUUGUGGUUGUAAAUUGAGUUUGAAAGUGUUCGGGAGAGUGACGAGCGUGGUAGGUCCAAUACAUAGCGAGCUGGUGUGUUUUUGCUGUGUGUUGUCAGCUGUGAAGUGUCGUGCCGCAGGAGAAGCCGUUGAGGGAAGGCGCUGCCCACAGUCGCAGAUAAGAGUGAGCUUUAAGGGCUACCAGGUGUGCAGGCGGGUUCAGGUAGCCUCCGGGAGCAUUGAUACCUCGCGGAGCCCGUGUUUUGUGAAAUAUCGUGGAGGAUCUGUGAGGCCUCGCCACUCCUGCCAGCGUGUGCCCGAGAGAGCGCCGAGUCGUGUCCAAAUUGCGGGCGUUGUGGACAACCCGCCCAUGGCUCUGGUGGGCACACGAUCGGGCAGUGGGCGGCAGCACGUGAUGGCGGGCGUCGGGGAGCGAGGUGUGGGCGUGGUUCCUGCCGCCCACCACAACGCCAUCCUAGCCGCCGCCCAGCCAGGAUAUUACGCCCAUUUAGACCCGAGGGGGAGCGCUGCCCCUCAAGGUGGCACGCCCGUGGGGGCCAUCCACGCCCACCAGACCCAUCACCGAAACAGUAGCUCCAGCAGCCAACAACAGGCGCCCCCGCAGCCAGGUGGAGGGAGCGCGGGCGGUGCAGGAGGCCAACAGCAGCAACCUCAUCAUGGACAGACGCCCACGCCCGCGCCCACCAACAGUCAAGAAGUGACGCCCGACAGACCCAUCGGCUACGGCGCCUUCGGUGUAGUAUGGGCGGUGACGGACCCGCGGGACGGCCGGCGGGUGGCGCUGAAGAAGAUGCCCAACGUGUUCCAGACCCUCGUGUCCAGCAAGCGAGUCUUCCGGGAGCUGCGCAUGCUCUGUUUCUUCAAGCACGAGAACGUGUUGUCGGCGCUGGACAUCCUACAGCCUCCACACCUUGACUUCUUCCAAGAAAUCUACGUGAUCACAGAGCUGAUGCAGAGUGACCUCCACAAGAUCAUCGUGUCGCCGCAGCAUCUCUCCGCCGACCACGUCAAGGUCUUCCUCUACCAAAUCCUCAGAGGUCUGAAGUACCUCCACUCCGCGAGGAUUAUCCACCGAGACAUCAAGCCCGGCAACCUCCUCGUCAAUUCCAACUGCGUUUUAAAGAUCUGUGAUUUUGGUCUGGCCCGUGUUGAAGAACCUGAUGAAAAUAAGCACAUGACACAGGAGGUAGUCACACAGUACUACAGAGCCCCAGAGUUGCUGAUGGGGGCCCGCCAUUACACCCAAGCAGUAGAUGUGUGGUCUGUUGGCUGCAUUUUUGGCGAGCUUUUGGGGCGUCGUAUUCUCUUCCAAGCCCAGAGUCCUGUACAGCAGCUUGAGCGAAUAACAGAUCUAUUGGGAACACCAAACCUAGAAGACAUGAGAUACGCUUGUGAAGGGGCUGUGACCCACAUGCUACGCCGACCCUCAAAGCCACCCGCCCUCCCAGCCCUCUACACCCUCUCUUCCCACGCAACCCACGAGGCCGUCCACUUACUCACACAGAUGCUUGCCUUUGACCCGGAUAAACGAUUGAGUGUGACUGAAGCUCUUGCACACCCUUACCUAGAUGAAGGUCGACUACGGUAUCAUUCUUGCAUGUGUACUUGCUGUGCUUCCACAAACUGUGGGGGCCGACAGUAUACACAUGACUUUGAACCAACAGCACCACAUGCAUUUGAUGAUACUUGGGAAAAUGAGCUACACUCCAUGUCACAGGUGAAGGAUCGGUUGCACAAGUUCAUCCUGAGCCACCUGGCGCGCGACCGUGUACCUCUAUGUAUCAACCCCAUGUCUGCUGCUUACAAGAGCUUUGCCAGCUCGACAGUUGCUCAUCCUUCAGAGCUCCCGCCUUCCCCACACCAGUGGGAUUGACAGGACGCCAAACACUAGCGUCAAAGAACUUAGUGCCCCUAAACAUGCCUGUGAAAGAGCAUACAGAGACGCAGGUUGUGUGAAUCUAAGUACACUUGUGUGAAAGUGAGAGAGAGAGAGCUCAAGAUUCAUAAACUAUUGGGACUGGUCCAUAGUAAGGUGGUAAAGUCUGAUUCCUUGCAUUUGACCUGAAAUUAUUUCAAGUAUGCUGACAAUCGUAAAUCAGAGUGUAGGCAUUUACCAUUGCAAUUGGAUAUCAACACAUGGUCCAAGUCUUUACAAUUUGUAGGAUGGGAUCAUUCUUUAUUUUUUCUUUUUUUAAUCAUUGAUUUAAAACUUUCAUAUCAUACAUUCACCUUUUUCCAUAGAAUCUGAUUUCAUGAAAGGGCUCACUAGCAAAAAAAAAAUAAAAAAUAAAAAAAUAAAAAAAAGAGAGGGAAAGAUAAGAAAAAUGACGAGGUCAGUGAAUUGACUGUUUAAAGGCGAUUGUAAGUUUAAAGUACGACUGACUCUGUGAAGAUGUACCCAGGAUUAUGAGAGUAUAUUGCAGAAGCAGUGAAAUAAUGAUAAGUCUCAAUGAAUUGAUAUACAUGACUGUUGAACAGAAAGAGAAAAGAAAAAGAAAAAAAGGCUCACAUGAGAAAUGUUUGAGGCUUCAUGUGCCAGUUCCUUAGUCAGACAAAUCACUGCCAUGUACACUAAGGGUAAUGUGUGUGUGUGAUAUGGCCUCGUCCCCCUACCAUAUGCAUGUAUUGACUGCUGGGUACUAGAGUGGAAGCAUCCCCCUGUGUUGUGGAUGAUGAGCAAGUGACAAGGACGAAGAUUUUCCCAAAGGUCUUAUCGAUUGAGAAAUGAUCCAGCAUAACUUGGACACCCUCGACGCUCAACGCACCAUGAUCUCUUUUUUGCCCGGGCUCCUUAUUGUGAGGCUGCUGCUGACAUGUGGAAGGUAGCUGAAGCCUACAAGGUUGACGAUUAUAUGUGAAGAUUCUGCUUAAUGUGAUCAAUACGGAAUUACCCUCACCUGAAAGAUGAUGAAAAAGAAAGAAAAAAAAAAUUGUACCCAUAAGUAUAGUAUAAUAUCAAUCUGGAUGACUAUGAAUAUCUUCUUGAUUAAUUUUGUUUUAUGAAAUGAUUUCAGUUUACAGUAAAAAAAAAAAAAAAAAGAAAUAAAUUAGUAGUGUUAUGUAAGAGGGGUUGGAUUUGUGAUAACAUUAGUGCAGACUUUUUGUAUAUUCAGAUAAUGUCUUGUCAGAUGGUCUCUUGUAGUACCAGGGUUUCAUUUCUAUGCAUCACUUAUUAGCCAGAAGAAAAGAAAAAUUCUGUAUUGAAGAGAUUUCUUUAUAUCAUAGGAAAAAUUUUUUCUAAAAAUUUUAAAUGUAGGGCAGUCUUUUGCCUCUCUUCUCUGGCUCUUAAUUAAUGCUUAGGAAUCUGGCUCAGACUCUCAACCCUUGCUCUCAGGAAUUACAGUGUACACAAGUGCUUUUAGUUUUGCCUUGUUUUACAAUCAUCAGCCAAUGCAUUUUUAUUUUGAUCAGUUUUAUUUAUACUUUUUUUUUCCUUUUCUUAGAUAAAUUUAGCUGGUGAUUUGAACUGUUAACUAUGUUUGAUGUGGAUGAAAAGUAUUCCUUUCUGUCCUCAGUGUUUUAACAUUUUUAAAAAUAUAUCCCUUUUGUUAAAGGAUUUUUGAAGUUUCACCAUUUUAAAAAAUGGUGCAUGUCAAGACUUCAAGUGAAUUUUAUGUGCAAUGUAAUUUAAAUUUGGUAUUAAGAUAUUCAGGAAAGAAAUUAUUAUUAUUAUUUUUUACUUGAAUUUUUUUUGGUGUGAAUCAGGAAGAUCACUGUAACACCACCAGGCCAGGAUUUAGGAAGACUGUGAUAAUUCUGGAAAUAAUUGUGAGAAGGUACAGCGAGAUGGUUCUUCAAGCUGUCUGCUCAACGACUCAUGCACUGCGAGUAGAAGCUGUAUAAGGGUAAUCACUUCUAAAGGUGCUCACACUUUUAUAGAAUUGCAGCUCUCGAUUGGUCUUUUACCUAAACUAUGUCAGAGGUUGGAACAAGAUGACAAGACUGCACACGGUCAACAGAGAAACUGUUUCCUAGAGUGCCGUGGGAAGCAUUACUUUUUUUUUAUUGUGUAUGUGUGAUCAUGGUGUUCUUCUCUGUAGUCCAGCUUGAUUAUUCCAAUAUGAGGGAAGUAUUUAGACUUACAUGGUAAUGUGUAUACAUAUAGAUUGUGAAAAACAAAAGAAUAACUGACAAAAAAAGUAUCCUGUAUGUUGUAUGGUUUUCUAGUAGUUACAGUUCACUCAGCUUAGAAAAAAAACGAGGACUGAGAGAAAGAGUGAAAGAAAGAAAAGAAAAAGGGGAUUGCUUCAUUUCCCUUUCCUAAUUUGUGGGAAAAAAAAGAGGAAAAUAUGGAUAGCAAUUUUCUCUUUUAUGAUGAAUUUAAAAAGAACUUGAAAAGAAAUGAAAAUAUUAGAAAGAACGAGAGAGAGAAAAAGAAAGGAAAACAAAACACAAGAAACAGAACAAGGAUGUUGAGUUUAGCCAUGAUAUACACUGACUACCUCACAUGAUUUUCAUUGUUGCAGCUGGUUCUAUCAUGCUGCUUAUUGUAUUUUUGUUUGUUGAUAUUUGUAGUGUGUACAACCUACAAGCUCAAGCAAGGUAUAUGAUCAGUCCAGAAGUUUUUUGAUAUGCUCCAUUACCCUUAUGGUGUCUUGUUUUGUAAUAUAUACUUUUUUUCAUAAAACUGAGUGAACAUUAUUCAUUAUUGUUAACAUGAUUACAGUUAUGAUUUUCUUAAUUUAUAACUUUUCUCUAUUUAUUUAUCCAUGUUAGCUUCUUUUUUCCAUGUUGUUGAUAUCAUGAUUUAGGAUCAUUUCUUGUUAACAAUCACACUAUAAGCAACCUCCUUUCACACUAGGGUAUAUUAGGGAAAUAAUGCUCAAAAAGAAUUUGUAAUAUAUUCAUCCAUUUUUAUAUAUUUAUUGUUUUUAUCUUGUGAAUUUUUUUUCUUUUUAAAAUGAAACAAAGAGUGAGGUUUGUCUUUAAAAAAAAGUAUUAUGUUACUCAUGGAAAUAUAAUGGCACUGUCUUGAUGCCAUUUGUAAUAUACUUUGUGUUGGAUGCCACACACUGUUGAAUUUGUUUAUUGUAACAAAAAGGUUAUGUUAUGUGGUAAAGUGCUCCUUUUUUACUUAUUUGAUUUCCUUUUACACUUUUCAUUUACUGUUUACACUUUUCAUUUACGGUUUACCAAAUGAAAAGGCCACGAAAACAGUAUUCCACCUGUAAUAAGUAUGGAUAAGCAAAGGUGUGAUGUAACUGUGUGAAUAAAGAGUGGAAACGUCUCAAGCCAAGUUAACACUAAUUGUGGGUGCCAUCACUACUCAGACUACAGGAGCAUAUUGAUGGCCAGAAGCUUCAGACAAUGUGAUCCCAUUUGCUAUUAUUACAUGUAUAAUAUUAAUUUUACCUGUGGAGAUGCUGCUCCCACUAUUAUUAUUUUUUUUGUAUGGUUUUCCUUCUGAUUCUAGUUCAUAUUGUUAUGAUUAUUGGACAACUUUGCUUAAAUCUUAGUCUGAUUAUUACGAUUGUCAUUGUCAUAACUAACUUCCUCCCUCCCUCCCCCCCCUCCCCUCCCUUUGACAAUUUUUACCCUUUGGUUGAUGGUUUCACAUUACAACUGAAGUGUCCAGAAAGAUCUCCAAGUCACUCCCCAUCCUUGAGUGGCUGCAUGCAUGUGCUUCCUAAGGAUGGGGAUGCAACAAAUACGUGUAGAUAUUACUUGUACAGCAUUGUAGUAUGGGAGUGAGUGCAGUGUGAGGAUUGUUGCAUAAAUCAAGUUGUGAAAGACCUUGAAUGGCAAGGAUGCAGCUCGAAUUUUGGUCGACUGUAUAUAUAUUUUUUUUUUUCUUUUUGUAGUGAGUUGUGAAUGUAACAGUUAUUGUGCCUGCCAUUCAAUCUUCCUGAUUAUGUAUAUUAAAUUAUGAUUUACUAGGAUAAGUUUUUUUAUUAUUAUUAUUAUUUUUUUUUUUUCCAAUCUGUAAAUGUAGUGAAAUUUUGUAAAAUGCAGUUGCAGACUAAUUCAAGAAUCAGUUUAAGGAGAACAUAUUUUUAAACAUCCAUUUUUAUGCCCGUUUUAUUUUAAAAAAUGAAAAUGCAUGAUUAUUUAUAGGAGUCCUCAUGGAUGAUGUAUAGGUUGCAUCUUCAGCUAUGAAAUAUUGGCAACUGAAAUGUGUAUAAGAGUAUGAGCAAUUUUUGUACGUUUUUACCGAGAUGUUGAGGUCAGGUGUUUUCUUAUGGGUCAGGUAUGAUCCAUCUCUUAAUGUUUUUUACCCGACAGUGCGGGUAUUUGUGUGUUUUGCAUGAAGACUGUUCCACUGUUUUCUCAUAACUGUGGCAAGAUCAGAUUUGGAUGGUGUAGAUGUUAGUAUAAAUGGUAUUGUUACUGUGUAUCACAGCACCUACCAAGAAGAUAAGCAGUAGGAUCAAGAGGACCUACUCCAGUGUGAGUUGAUCCUUGUGAAGUAUUUCAGUAGGCGGUCUUGCCACAUUAUAACUGUAUUAAUAGUAACAGUCUCCCAUCUUAGAGCUCCUACUAAUAAGGCACAGAACAGUGUGACGAAUUUAGGCUGAGUUCCUAGAAGACACCUCAUCAGUAGCGAGGAAGUGCUACCUCUCAUAUUACUAGCCAACACUUUGAACCAUCAUUCAACAACCACAAACAAACCUGCUUUAUUACUUUGCUCGAAGUGGCGUUUCAGAAUUACUUCCUAAGAUUUAGCUGCUAUACGGGACCGACACUCACUGUUAAUAUGUUGCAAUAUUACUGAAAGGCAAGAAUGUUCAUUGCCUUAAAAAAUGUCUCGCCGAGCAUUUGUCAACGGAACAUUGUCAUAACUGCCCACAUUUUGGUGUAUUCUUUUAAGCAUUAUGCCCUACGUGGUCAUACGUGAUAAUAAAAUAAUUUUUGUACUUG